CAACUUCCACUUUCCUUACACUACAACUCUUCCACUCUUUAAACCUGCCGCCACCAGUGAUGAGGCGGUCGCCGACGUGGCCGGUGGCGAUCUUGAAAACCCGAGGCGGGGGCCUGGGGCUGGCCGCCAUAGCCUACGUCGGCGUGGACUAUCUCCGCCAUCUGUCAGAGCCGUGGCACGCCCGACUCCAGCCAGUUCUGUGGACCAUCCUCGCUCUUGCCAUCAUCGUCCGUGUCCCCUUCUACAAGCAUUGGUCUGCCGAGCUCCGCUCUGCCAUACCCUUUAUUGCUUCCAUGCUCUUCUUGCUCUCCGCUUUUCUGUUGGAAGCUCUCUCUGUUCGCUCCGUCUCUGCCGUCCUCGGCCUCGAUUGGCACAAGUAAUGUGUUGUACAUGAUACAAUAUUGCUUAUAUUCUUGUGGGUUUAUAUUGCUUGUCUGAUUAAGAGGACAUCCUAAGAAGCUCAGUAUUGGAUCUAGCUAGAUGGGUAUUGAUAUAUCGUUUUUGUAUCAAACACCCAGAACCUGAAAUGUAACUGGGUGUUUGAUUUUUGCAUGAUGAUUAGUUAACUUGCGCGAUCUUGGUUAUUAUGCGGAUGGGUGGUGGUGAAACAUUGUAAAUUUUGGAAAAUGGUUUCAGAUUUGGUUGGUGGUUCAGAUUAAGAAUUGAUUGGAUGUGAUUAAAUGUGAAUCUGCUUUUUUAUGUCACUUUGUUUUGUUUAUUUGUGCUAUUUCGGUUGGUUUCUGUUGGGUAAGUGGAGAUAGAGAAGUUGUGAAGUUUGAAAAAGGUUCUGAUUAUGGGUUGAUUUGGGUGUGAUCCAACAUGGAUUUUAUCUGGUGCAUAAAAAGAAAGAAAGUAAGAGAGAAAGAUCUGUGAAUAUCAAUCUAAAACUUGGAAAGUGCUUAUGUGCAUUUCAGGUGUGAUAUGGAGUCAAAUGGGAUUUCAUCUUUGGGUUUGAUAAUUUGAUGAAGAUGUGCUUGAGUUAAAUGUUCACUGAAAGGGGAAUUGAAGUUUUUGUCAGAUCUAGUUUCUAUUGGCAGUAGGUAAUAUUUUACGGAGGCAAUGCCAGCAUAAUCUUUCCGAACUGCUUAUCCCUUGUAUGCCAACUGCCUAUUUAUCAAUUGGAAGUCUGAUUGGCUUGAUCAUGUUUAACAGUAACACUCCACCUCUUCCUGAUACUGGCCAGUGGUUGCUGCUGGCGUUGAAUGAGAAAUUGCCUCAAACAAUGGUCAAUAUAUUAAGAGCUCGGAUCAUUGGACUGCACCAUUUCCUGAUGUUGUUUAUUAUGCUUGCUUUUUCUGUUCUGUUUGACUCCAUAGAAGCUCCUGGUCUUGGGCUGGCUGCAAGGUACAUGUUCACAAUGGCUAUUGGACGGCUUCUUCGGACCAUAGCUUUUGUAUCUACGAUUCUGCCAUCACCUCGACCUUGGUGUGCAUCUGCUCGGUUCAAUGUCCCUACACACCCUCAUCGGUGGGUUCAAAAGUAUUAUGUCCCUUAUGCUUCAGAUUCUUACGCUAUACGCCAGCUUAUUCAGUAUGAUAUAGCAUAUGCUCAAGCUGUGGAAUCCAAAGCUGACUUCCGUCCAGAUUGGGGUUUGAUGAACUUUCUUGUUGAUUUCUUGCGACCUACACCUCUUGACGGAUCUUCCUCAUGGUUCCAUUUGCUAAAGAAAGCUGGAGGUGGCUGCAACGAUCUCCUUUACAGUGGCCACAUGCUUGUUGCAGUACUGACAGCUAUGGCAUGGACGGAAGCUUAUGGAGGGUUUAGCUCAGCUAUUAUCUGGAUGCUUGUAAUGCACAGCUCACAGAGAGAAAUACGGGAACGCCACCAUUACAGUGUGGACUGUAUUGUGGCAAUCUACAUGGGUAUUUUCCUGUGGAAGAUGAUCGGUUUUUUCUGGCCAACCAAGGAUGCAACCAAGGCUAGAAGGCUACGUAAGCUUGAGAAAAUUCAGGGUAGGCUAAUGCAAGCUGCAAAAGACUCCGACAUAGAUGAUGUAAGGGAACUCCUGAAACAGGUUGAGUUGGGCGGUGAAGUGAAUCAGAACACCAAGAGUAGCAGGGCUAUGGGGUUAUUUGCUGGAGCAACCAUUUUCUUUACACUCACUAUUGUUCUUUCGGCCUUCAUAUUGACAAGCGAUGGGUAAUUUUCUUCCACAUUUUUUUAGGAAAUACUCUACCACGACUUACUUUGGUACAAAACACGGUUGAGUUGAACUGAGCUGAGUUUAUAUUCUGUCACGACUAUUGGCCACGGUGGCAAUGUUAAGUUUAGUUUAGUCUAGUUUGGAUUCUGUCACUUUUGGGCACAGUUACAAAGUUCUGACGUCUUAUUUUACGCUAAGCUUUGGCAAUGUAUCGAUUCGUGUUGGAUCUUAUGUUAAAAACUAUUUAAUUCGUAUAUGUAUAUGACUUGUUUAAUAAACGGGUG